AAGGAGCAGCUGAAGGUUAUGCAUUUUAUAACUCAUAAACAAACUUCUUUGUCAUUCUCAUGGUUAAAAAUAACAAUAGAUGUAGAUGUUAAUUCAAUAAAAUGUAAAUCUUAUUACCCUGUUGUAAUUAUUCAUGGUGUUCUUACUGGAAGUGACAGUAUGGAGCAAAUAAGUAGUCGCAUUCAAGAGGAACAUCCAGGUACGCAAAUAUUCAAUACACCACGUUAUGCUGGAUGGAGCAGUUUAGAACCAAUGUGGCAUCAAGUGGAAGAAAUUGGAGAAGAUUUAAUGGCUAUUUCAGCAGCGUUUCCCGAAGGAAUUAAUUUAUUAGGAUAUAGUCAAGGUGGAUUAUUAGCUAGAGCUAUUCUUCAAAGAUUUCCGCAGCAUAACGUCAGAACUUUUAUAUCCUUAAGCUCACCUCAAGCUGGGCAGUAUGGAACAAAAUUUUUACACUUAUUUUUCCCGGAUUUAGUUUGUGAAACCGCGUACGAAUUGUUUUAUUCAAAAGUCGGUCAACAUACAAGUGUCGGAAAUUAUUGGAAUGAUCCUUAUCAUCAAGAAUUAUACUUCAAAUACAGCAAGUUCUUACCACUUGUUAACAAUGAAGAGCAAACUGUCAAUACUACGGAUUAUAAAUUAGGGCUGACAAAAUUAAAAAAAUUGGUUCUAAUUGGUGGUCCGGAUGACGGUGUAAUUACACCUUGGCAGAGUAGUCAAUUCGGGUUUUAUCAAUUCAAUGAGACUGUGGUCGAAAUGAGAGAUCGUGAAAUAUAUCAAACCGAUGCAAUCGGAUUGAAGACUUUGGACAAAGCAAAAAAACUAACCACCCAUACGAUUCCUGGAAUUCCACAUGAUCAGUGGCAUAAAAAUAUGACAUUAGUAGAUUUAUACAUUUUACCUUACCUUGAUUGA